CAAAAACAGCUAGUCAACCACCUCGGUAGCUUGCUAGCCAACAUAGCCGAAAGAUUCAAGCUAUUUAUACGCUUUCGGUGUAUAUUAGCUGAUGUGUUUUAGACACACAUCUGUCGUAUCUACUUGUUAACCUAUUUAAUUGUACGUUGUUUUGUAUUAGUCAGCUAUAGUAGCUGGCUGGUUAAGUUAGCACUAGCCUAGUCGCUAAAGAUAGCUAGCUAGCUAGCUAACAUCCCCGAACAUGAGCUCCCUAAACUACUCCCCUCCUGCUAAAGAAGGGGUCUGCUGGACGGAGAAAGAAGCUCUGGGGCUGAACAUUGUCGUGAAAGAGGAGAAGGAAGAGGAGGAUAUCACAGUUAAAAAAGAAGUAGAGGGUGAGGCUGUUACAGUGAAAGAAGAAGAGAAAGACGUUUCAGUUAAAGAAGAGGAGGACACGUUCAGAGUGAAAGAGGAGCAGGAUGUUACUGUGAAAGAAGAGGAUGUAGUUUUUGGAGUGAAGAAGGAAGGGCAGAUUACUGUCACAUUGAAAGAUGAAGAGCUGGAGAUAGGAGAUCUGAGUAACACCAGAGAGAGACCAGACUCACCCUCUGACAGCAGGAAGAGUCCUUCAGGGGAAUCAGACCCAGGGAAGAGUCCUUCAGGGGAAUCAGACCCAGGGAAGAGUCCUUCAGGGGAAUCAGACCCAGGGAAGAGUCCUUCAGGGGAAUCAGAACCAGACACGCCCAAAGCAACAGAAGGACAUCACUGCUCCCACUGUGGAAAGAGUUUUACCAAGUUAGGGAGCCUGAAGAAACAUGAGAGGACACACACAGGAAAAAAGACUUUCCAAUGUUCCCAGUGUGGAAAAGGUUUUCUUUGGUUAUAUCACCUGAAUAGGCAUGAGAGGACACACACAGGAGAAAAACCUUUCCAAUGCUCCCAGUGUGGAAAGAGUUUUAACGAAUUAGGGUACCUAUUAAUACAUAACAGAAUACACUCUGGAGAGAAGCCUUACCACUGCUCCAAAUGUGGAAUGACUUUUACCUGGUUAGGGAGCCUGAAAACACAUGAGAGAAUACACACUGGAGAAAAUCCUUUCCAAUGUUCCCACUGUGGAAAGAGUUUUACCCAGUUAGGGAACCUAAAUCGGCAUAAGAGGACACACACAGGAGAGAAGCCUUACAAAUGCUCUCAGUGUGGAAAGAGUUUUAGAGGUUUAGUGAGCCUGAAACAGCAUAAGAGAAUACACACAGGAGAGAAGCCUUAUCACUGUUCCCAGUGUGGAAAGAGUUUUAGAUGGUUAGGUACCUUGAAAAUGCAUGAGAGGACACACACAGGAGAAAAGCCUUACCAAUGCACCAUGUGUGGAAAGAGAUUUACCCAGUUAAAGUCCAUGAAAUUACAUGGAAGAAUACAUACAGGAGAGAAGCCUUACCACUGCUCCCACUGUGGAAUGACUUUUUCCUGGUUAGUAAAUAUGAAAACUCAUGAGAGAAUACACACAGGAGAGAAGCCUUAUCAAUGUUCCCAGUGUGGAAAGAAUUUUAGGGGUUUAGUGAACCUGAAACAGCAUGAGAGGACACAUCCGCAAGAAAAGCCUUACCAAUGCUCCCUGUGUGGAAAGCGUUUUACAAAGUUAGGGGGACUGACAAGGCAUGAGAGGACACACACAGGAGGGGAUAAGACCUACCACUGCUCCCUGUGUGGAAAAACAUUUAACAGGUUAAGGCAUCUGAAUAAGCAUGAGAGAAUACAUACACAGGAGGAGAAGACAUACCACUGCUCUCAUUGUGGAAAGACAUUUUCCCAGUCAGAGGACCUGAAAUCACAUGAGAGAAUAGAGAGGCUGUGUUCUGACUUAUGUUUUUGACUGAGAAUUUGUGUUUUUGUUUACACCACAUUAAAUCAUAUUGUUUAUAUGAAGUCUUCAACAAAAUAGGUUUACUUAAAAUAAAUGUUUGUUUCAUGUCUAAAAUGAGAGUUUAAAAAGUGAUGUACAUUGAUAUUUUGGAUAAAAGUGUACAGGUUUCAGGCUCAUACAGAGCAGGUGCAUAACAAAGUUUGUAAUUUUCCACGAUAGUAAGUAAGUAGCCUUGCAGGAGCCUUGGAUUGUCUGAGCCAGAACAGCUCAUAAUAACAGGAGCCUACUUCCCCUGGACAGGACUAGUCUAUAGAGUGCCACAGUAUAGUAACAGGAGCCCACUUCCCCUGGAC